AUGUCUAUCAUUAGUGAAAGCAAUUUGGGAGUCGACUAUGUCACAGUAAACUCGACCUUCGGCUCCGUCAAAGGAUUCAUCAACAGAGACUACCCAAACGUCGCCCAAUUCCUAGGCAUUCCCUUCGCCGAACCGCCGAUAGGGCCGCGCCGAUGGUUACCUCCAACGCCGAAGGCUCCGGUCGACAGCAUCGAUGCCACAAAGUUUGGAUUAUCUUGCCCUCAACAGCUUGGAGGCAGGCCGUCGGUCUAUAAUACGGAUGUGACUGAACACCAGAUCCGAGACGACACUUCCGAGGAUUGUCUUUCUCUCUGCAUUUGGGCACCCAAAGAUGCGGUCAAGGAGGCGUUCACGAAGAAGUUCCCUGUGAUAGUGUUCAUCACCGGCGGCGCAUUUCUCGUCGGCGGCUCUACGAUUCCUUAUCAGAAUCCAACGCCCUGGAUCGAGAGCAGCAAGCGCCACGUUGUUGUCAGCAUCAAUUAUCGACUGAACGUCUUCGGCUUCCCCAACGCCGCGGGACUCAGCCCUGAUGAACGAAAUCUAGGAUUUUUAGACCAGCGGCUCGGGCUGGAAUGGGUACAUCAACACAUCGCCUCCUACGGCGGUGAUCCAUCGCGAAUGACGCAUUUUGGACAAUCGGCUGGCGCCCGCAGCAUCGACUGCCACGCGUUCCUGCAUCCGGACAAACCCCUGGUGCGAAAUCUCAUUCUCCAUUCUGGGUGUGCACUCCCUCCGCUUCCAGUGAGCGACCCGGGAUGUACGCACUUCAGUGCUCUCGCCAAGGCACUCGGUUUCCCGGGCGGCGAUGCUGCGGCGGAGUUGGAGUUUAUGAGACAGCAGCCUCCGCAAGAGCUCCUCGAGGCUAUCCAGCAUCACUGGGCUACUGAAGAGAAGCCUUUUCUGAGCUUCCGGCCCGCGGUAGACGGCUUUACACUAUUUGAUGAUUAUGAAGACAGGGCCGAGGCAGGAAACUUCAGUAAAUUGCCUGCCAUUUGUGGAACCAUGAACGACGAGGGAAAUUCAGUAGCUGUAUAUCAUCCCGACAGGGCUGAUUCGUUUUGGGCGGAAAAGAUCACAAAAGACUACUUCUUGGGACCUAUGGUUGCCAUGGCGCGAGCACGCUCAGCUCAUACGCCCACAUUCCGCUUCUUGCUCAAAGACUAUGCACCUGCUGGUACCAGCUCAUUUCAUAACAUCAGUCCCCGACCAUGGCUGCGAGCCUAUCACAGCUCGGACAUGCCUUUGAUCUUCGGAACGCACGAUUGGGCUCGUGGCCCCUCUACGCCGUUGGAAGAGAAGGUCUCACGUGUAUGGCAAGAUUUGUAUGUAGCUUUCGCAGAAGAUGGGCCGGAUGGGUUGCGGAAGAUGGGGUGGAAUGAUAUGAGGGAAGGUGUGGGAAUCGUGCUAGGUGGUGGUGAGAAGGGUUGGGAGACUGUCAGCCUGGAAGAGGUUGACAACAGGUGA